GCGGCCUUCUGGGGGAGAUGCUGUCACUCUGUAUGGGUAGAUGCCUGAAGCCUUCUGAUGAGGUCAAAGCAACCCUGAUCUGAGAUUCAAAAUGAAUAGGAAGAGUAAAAAGGAGAAUGCCACAGCUUUCAGAAAUGGGGUUAUGGCUGAGAAGAUGAAGCACACACUGGUGGCUGUGCUUCUCGUCGUGCAGAGCAUGAGUGCUCUGGCUGAGACGACAGCAGCAACAGGAGGGACCACUCAUCUCAGUACGAUGCUUCCAUAUCUGACUCAGCCUAGGAAUACAAAUGGCAAAUUGCUCACUUCCCCAAAGCUCUUUGCCAACGUGUCCGGCUCUGUGAAUGAUGAGGGAACUUGUCAGUGCUCCGUGUACUUGCCCGAUACCACCUUUCCAGUGCAGAAGGCUGAGCAACUGGAAAUUAUAGCCACAACGCUCUCACAGAAGUUUGAGGCAGAGCUUUCUAAAGUUAAGGAGUACUCAAAAAGAAUUGAACUAUAUCAGCAGCAAAUCCUCAAUCUAACCAUCAGAGUGCAUCAAGUGGAGACAGGCAGUGUAUCUUACACAGAACUGGACUUCCAGUUACUGAAAGUGGAAAUCAGUGACCUAGAAAGACUGGUCACUCAGCUGAAACCCAGCCUUGUUGGAAGCAAUGCCAUCGUUGAGCAAAUAUAUUUGGAGAUCACCAAUCUGACUAUACUGGUAAAUGAACUAGAGUCACUGGACAAAAACAAUGUCCUGGCAAUUCGUCGACAAAUUACAUCUCUGCAGAAUCGGUUGAAAGAAUGUGAACAGAACGCAACCAAAACUACACCACCCCCUUAUUUCCCACCAGGUACCUGCGUUCACCGUGGACCGAUGAAUGUUAGCCAGCCUUAUGUUGCCAAGCUGAAUUGGAGAGGAUUUUCCUACAAAUAUGGUUCCUGGGGUAGAGAUUAUGAUCCCUCUAACCCAGAGAAGGAAGUCUAUUGGGUUGCACCAUUGAACACUGAUGGGAGAUACUUAGAAUACUUCAGAAUUUAUAAUUCCUUUGAUGAUUUGCUGCUGUUUAAAUACUCGUAUGAAAGGAGAAUAACAUAUGGGGAAGGAAGUGGUGCUGCCCUUUAUAAGAAUUACUUGUACUAUCAUCGUUAUGGUUCGAGAUACAUGGUGAAACACGAUAUAAAAACAAACACGGAGGUUUUGAGGAAGGAGCUUCCAGGUGCUGCUAUUGGUAACCGCUUCUCUUAUGCAGGCGUAGCAUGGCAGGACAUAGAUUUUGCUGUGGAUGAAAGUGGGUUAUGGGUAAUAUAUUCAACUGAAAAUAACGUGGGCAACAUUGUGAUUAGCAAGCUCAAUGAGACCACACUUGAUGUGCUAAAUACUUGGCAGACGAGGCAGUACAAGCCAUCUGUUUCCAAUGCUUUCAUGUUAUGUGGUGUUCUUUAUGCCACAAGGCCGUUGAACACUAAGAAAGAGGAGAUCUUCUACAUGUAUGACACAAGUACUGGCCAAGAAAAUAGAGUUAGUAUCAUCAUGGAUAAAAAGUUAGAUACAAUCCAGAGCAUUGAUUAUAGCCCCACAGAUCAGAAACUGUAUGUUUACAGUGAUGGUUACCUCGUAAGAUAUGAUGUGACUUUUCAGCCUUAGUACCUCAGGGAUAUAUGCAUAUGACAAAACUGGCAGCAGCCAAUAUGAAAGAUCCAAUAGACCUUUAGACGAUGCUACUGCCACUUCAGAGUUCAUCUGAUCUGAUGACCUCUAUGUGGAGGUGUCAUACAGGUACUUAUACUCUUUAAAGGGAUUGCCCGCUCUGACCACUAAUAUUGCUGGCAGCAGUUGGCAUUAUGUUUUUUUUCUAGGUUUUGCUUGGUGUUUAUUGGUGCUUGGUGCUUUGCAAUUGUCCUUUUUCUGGGGGGUAGAUGCAGUGCUUUUUGGUUGCAGAAAUAGCUGGGCACAGACUAUCUGGUGACCAAGUAGCUAAUUACCCACUGAUUUGCAUUUGUCAGAGUAACACAAGCAAGGCACUCAGAAACCGAAUGAAUUUCCACUGAUCUUCAUCAGAGUGAAAUGAGGCCUCAGAGAAAUUAAUUCAAGGAUUAAAAUAGAUUAGGAAGUAGACUUGGUCAGAAGACAGCAAUCCAUUUGUUAGUUGGAAGCAGUGGUUUCUGGCUCAAGAGCUCAGGAAGGAGGGCAAAAAUGCGCUUGGCUGUGUGAGGGCUACCACAGGAAGGGAAGGCAUUGUGGAAGGGACAGGGCUUACUGCCCUUGAUAGCAGUGAUGUAGUGGGACACUGGUCCCUGGCCCCCACCUAUAGCUGCCUCCAAGCAGUUCAACAUUUUCCCAAGCUGCCACACUACCAGGCUGCCUUAUUUGCGUGCUUGUGGAGGCAAAACUGGCAAGUAUGGUUUUCAUCAAUGUUCCUUUCUGUCCCACUCUGCUUUCCUUAUUUAUUCUGUGUGUCUAAACCCAGCCCUACAAAUGGUCUUACUAUACUCUAGCUAUAUACUCCAUUUUCCAGCCAGUGCAGUGCAAAGAACACAGUUUUCCUUUUCUUUAUGUUCUCCUAAGUUUAUGCAAAUCCUCCCAUUGACUUUAUUGGCCACGAGUGUCUCUCAGUGUAUAUAAUGCAUUGCCAUAGAAUAACAGACGUGUUAUUUGAUGUGCCUCUUUCCAACAUUUUUGCCAUUCUGUAAUUAGAUUCCUGAGAUCCUCGUUAAUCUAGGCUCCUGUUUGUUCCUUGGGUAAUUCUGUUUUACAGCAAGGUAAGAGGUCUUGUGGAAAAUGUGAGUCUGGUCAAACUAGUUGAAUAUAUGAUACAGAUUUCAUUUUUUAAAAUGGUUAUUGUGUGAUAGCUUCUGAACAUGUGUAUUGUAACAAUGUCUUAUUUUCACAUCAGAAAGCAAGAUAAAACACUGAAAUUCAGAGCUCUGAAAUGACAAAGAAAGCAGUUCAUGUGGUUAAUUUUCUUCUGUUACAUAUGCAACCGUGUCUGUGUCCUCUGAUAAUCAAAACCAAAAACAUAUAUGCAAAUGAUUGCUUUCAUUUUAAUAAAAAACUGUUUCAAAGAA